AGUAUAAUUUAGAAAUAAAAACGACAUCAUAAAAAUUGUGACAGAAUCCCUUUAAGUUAGCGUGGGCAGCAGACAGGGGCACAACGCAAAGCCUACCACUGGCUAGAAUUAUUUUCAAGGGCACCUGCAUUAAUAGAAUAUACAGGGAUAUACUGUAUAUAAUCAUCAGUGGGUAACUAGAUGCUACAUGCCCAACAGCAAAUUCAAUUUAGGGCCCCAAAGUAUUGAGUUUAACUUGCCUCAGGCGGCAAAGCCCCACUAGGUACCAGGGGCGGCAGAAAUGCCACUCCUGGUAAUUUAAGAGCCAGAACCUUCUGAAGGCCAGAAGGUUAAUCGUCUCUUCUAGCACAAAGAGCACAAUUAUGCUCUCUGCUCUAGUGUCCUGGACCUCUCCGCCACCCUCGUGGGGCGGCAGGAACACAAAGCUGCCUCAGACGGCGGAGGGUCCAGGAUUACUAUUGCUACCAAGAUAAAUUCAAAUUGCUCAUUAAUUAGUAGGGAUGCCCUGAAUCCACUAUUUUGGAUUUGGCCAAACCCCCAAAUCCAGCAGAACACUGAUCGAAAUCCUACUUUGUAAAUGCAAAAUAGGUAGUGGGAAGGGGAAAACAUUUUGUACUUCCUUGUUUUGUGACAAAAAGUCUCCCAAAUUUCCCUCCCCUAUACAAAUUCGGAUUCCGUCUGGCCAGGUAGAAGGAUUCGGCUGAAUCCUGCUGAAAAAGGCUGAAUCCUGGCAAACCAGAUUCGGUGCAUCCCUAUUAAUUAGGGCCUCACUGGGGCCCCUAAACUCCUGGGCCCCCCUUCAACCGCAGGGUCUGUUUCCUCUGUAGUUAUGCCCCUGAUAAUCAUAUGCAAUCAUAGAUAGGAAUACAAAAACACGCAUUUAAUUGCAAAGUUCUAAUAGACAAGAGAAAAGCGGAACCUGUCCCAUAGAGCUUACAAUCUAAAAUGCUGCAGUCCGGUUCCUGUCUGUAAUAAAUCCCCAAAUUUCCCCUAUAUAACCAUAUAUCCCCUAUAUAACCAUAUUUCACCUCUAUAACCAUAUUUUCCCUAUAUAACCGUAUUUCAAGCCACUGCUCUGAUCAUUUGGAGGAAAGCCUCCCAGUCAAUGGCUGCGUCGCUGAGAUAGUCGCACAGUGCAUCUGGCGGGGAUUUAUUAAAAGGCUGAGACGUCUGUGUGACCUUCGGGGGUGACAGUGUAGGAGAUGAGUGAGGGGAGGGUGCGAUAGUAGUGCUUGGGGAACAGCUGAGAUACCAAAAUAGGAUGAGCUUUUCCCUCCCCCUCCGCACAAGCAGCCCGAUCCAUUGCAAUUCCCUGCGCGCCGCUGCUGCUGCUCAUUCCAAAGAUGGGCAUCGAGGAGGAGGCGCUGCAUCCAGCGCUACUGGAUUGUUUCUGAGGCUCCCUCUUUGCGCGCAGCGCUGACACUUCCAGCCUGGGACACAUCAAUGUGCAGCAAUGUCACUAAAGGACCAGGACGAUUACUGCUUUGUUUACAAGGAUGCCUCUCACCACGUGGAUUUCCUGGAGUCCUUCAGGACAUUUUACAAAGAAGGUCUGUUCACAGAUGUCACCUUGGUGAGUUCUUCAGGGGAGAUCUUCCACUGUCAUAAAGCUGCCUUGGCCGCCUGCAGUCAUUAUUUCAAAGUGAUGUUCACGGCGGAUAUGAAGGAAAAGUCUAAGAACCAAAUCAAGCUUUCUGGCAUUGACCAUAGAAUCCUUGAUGCUCUGCUGAACUAUGCCUACACAUCACAGAUCAAAAUUACGGCUAGAAAUGUGCAGAGCCUUCUUCAGGCAUCUGACCAGCUCCGCUUUGUCUCAGUAAAAGAGGCAUGCGAACAGUUCCUGGUGAGGCACCUUGAUAUCGUCAACUGCCUAGGGAUGCAUGCUUUUGCUGAAUUCCAUGUUUGCCCGAGUUUGGAAAAGGAGGCCAGAAGGUUAAUCGUCUCUCGAUUUGAGGAAGUGUGGACACAAGAUGAAUUUGUGGAACUCAGUUUUGAGAAAAUUUUGUAUAUUUUUUCCCAAAAUAGCCUCAACGUUGGAAAAGAGGAAGCUCUUCUAAGUCCACUGGUUCGGUGGGUAGCCCAUGAUACCCAAAAACGAAUUGAAUUUAUUCACGACCUACUGGGGUGCAUUAAGAUCAAUAUAGAUGAUAUUUAUUUCAGGACGUCCCUAGAGCUGCACAAGAAACAUCUAUUGAAUGAAAAUAGAAUACAGUCUUUGCUCUACUACUCUUUAAGGCCCCAAGCACAAGAAGUUUCCAAGAGGUCUACAGCCAACAUGUUUGUGGUUGGAGGUUAUUAUUGGCACCCCCUAUCAGAAGUGCAAGUGUGGGAUCCAGCCAGUGAUAACUGGAUUCAGGGGGCAGAUAUGCCAGACCACACCAGGGAAAGUUACAGUGCCACAUCUUUAGGUCCAAACAUUUAUAUCACUGGAGGGUACAGAACUGAUAACAUAGAAGCACUGAACACUGUGUGGAUUUACAACGUUGAAAGGGAUGAAUGGACAGAAGGGUGUCAUAUGCUCCAAGCGCGAUAUUACCACUGCUCAGUUACCCUAGGUGGGUGUGUUUAUGCACUGGGAGGGUAUAGAAAAGGAGCUCCUUCCCAGGAAGCUGAAUUCUAUGACCCACUAAAGAAGAUCUGGAUCCCCAUUGCUAACAUGAUAAAAGGUGUUGGAAAUGCGACCGCAUGCGUAUUGCGAGAUGUCGUUUAUGUGAGUGGAGGCCAUUAUGGCUACCGGGGCAGCUGUACUUAUGACAAAAUCCAGAGCUUUCAUGCAGACAUCAAUGAAUGGAGUGUUUUAACGGUUUGCCCACAUCCAGAGUAUGGGCUGUGUUCCAUUGCUUUACAAAAUAAGCUUUACUUGGUGGGAGGACAGACUACCACGACAGACUGCUACGAUCUGGAGAGCAAUGAGUGGACAGAGAAAUCUCCCACCCUGGAGCGCAGAAUGGAAUGUGGAGCUGUGGUCAUGAAUGGAUUUAUAUACAUCACAGGAGGUUACUCAUAUUCUAAAGGCACCUACCUCCAGAGUAUAGAGAGAUACAUUCCUGACCUGGACAAAUGGGAGUUAGUGGGAAACCUUCCUAGCCCAAUGCGAUCUCAUGGAUGUGUCUGUGUGUACAAUGUAUAGCAGGAAACAGAACACUCUUGAAGUUCAGUCUCACAGAAAUGUGCUAGAGAAGACUUCACCUGCUGAACUGGCAAUAUUGCUUUCAGUCCAAGACUCAAGGAGAAAAUCAAUAAUUGCAUAUUGUAAGAUCUUUAAAUAAUUGUUGGAUAUUUUUAUUAUUUGUAUCAAGUACAGCAAAUCUCUUCCCCCACGAGGUGCUCCAGGUUACAAAAAAAAAAUUUACAAGCACAGUUAUGGAAAUCGCCCAUUAUAUAUAUAUUUCUAUACAAUGUUAUUUAAAUAUAAUAUUUAAAUAACAUUGUAUAGAAAUCCCUGUUAAUUUUAAUCAUUUGUUUAAAGAAAAUGAAUGUUUCUCAGUAACAUAUAGUAAUGUUUUUAAGGGAAAUAUAAAUCCAAAAAGAAAAACAAAAAAAAAAUUAAUGUUAAAUUGUUCAGAGAGCUUUGUUAAGCACUUUUUUCUAAUAUUCAAAGUGGCAGUUUUUAAACCGCUAAUAUAAUGAAUUUAAACAAUAGUACCACCCGCUGGUCCGUUUGGCAGACUGGCUACAAUCAGCUAAGAAUGAAUUUCCCCAGAAAAUAAACAUUUUGCAUCUAAGCCAUAAAUAUUAUAUAACAAAAAAUAAGGUGGGUGGCAGUUCCAGAUUUGGGUAAAAGCUGAAGUUUACUAACUUACAUUAAAAUAUAGGAUUAGAGCCUUUUCUAUUUGUAUAAAUGAGCAGAAAAAGUAGGAAAUACAGGAAAUUAUUUUUCAACCGCCUAAAGCCAACCUGCCAAGAUUAAAAAUUGCUAAUAUCCUAAAAACUAGAAAAAAAGAGGGGUUUGAGGGCUUAUAUUUCCCAUAUAGUUCUUGCUUGCAUUGUUUUUUAUAUUUACCGUCAUGUCUUGUCACUUUGCACACAAUAACAAUGGAAUAUGACUAUGAAGGUUUUCAUCUGCGGCCAUGGGAAGCAAGUCUGCUUUCUAGCUUUUUAGUAUGAAGAUUUUUAAGGUGGUCAGUUCUAGAGGGGACAGAAUACAUCUCUGUAACCCUAUGUACACCUUGUGUAUUAAAGGAUGUAAAUUCUUAAUAAACUUACUUUUUCUUACCAA